AUGAAUCAAUCAUUGAUUCAAGACAGCAGAUCGAUAUCGGCAACAAAUAUUGGGAAGGCUACAGCCUCUCAUCAGUUGGUAGAAACUGUCUCUGAUGGUAUAGACUGGAAGAAACAAUGCCUAUUACAGAAGAAAGAAAUAGAUACUAUCAAGGAAUUGAAUAAGUUUCUGGAACUGGAGCGUAAAAUAUAUAGUGGGAAGGCUUAA